AUGCCUGCUGGAUAUCAGUUUGUUGAUUUUGUUAGGCAGCAUGAUCCAGGUCACGGUGGUUUGAUAGUCUACUUUCGUAAAGAAUUCAAGUACAAAAAAAUAAUUCUUCCACAACUUACUACACUUGAAGCUGUUGCUAUCCAAUUUUGGGUCAACGGAAGUACAUUCAUUCUGAUUGCUAUAUAUCGACCUGGCUCAGCACAACUGUCUGUUUUAUUUUUUCAAGAACUGGAUUCAGUUUUAGAGCAGAUUACAGUCUUGGGUUCUAACGUUUUGCUCAUGGGAGAUUUUAAUGUACAUCUCGAAAGAACUGAUGAUCCAUAUUCCAUCCGAUUGGGUGAGGUAUUUGAAACCUUCCAAUUAGUCAACCACAUUAACGAACCAACACAUGUGUUGGGUGGUACUUUGGAUUUGGUAAUCAGUUCUUGUGACUUUCCUGUUACCAACAUAAAAAUAUUUCCAAGCGGUGUGAUGUCUGACCACAGUUUAAUAACAGUUGAAACAUUGAUUCAGACAUUUCGUAAAAUAACUGCGAGACAUGUCAGGUUAUGGAAAAGUCUGGACGGAAAUCAACUGGCUAGGGCUGUUUUGGAUUCUCCAGUCUCUGGGCCUUUUGUUUUUGAUUUUUUUCAAAAUGUAAACACGAGUGAAACAUCCAUGCACUGGUAUGAUCUGUUUGAAUUUGAACCAGGCUACUGCAACACCAGGACCAGACGCCUUAGCCUCUACUCCACACUGACAUCAAAAGGAUAA